AAGGAGCAGUCAUGGCGUUGAAAGCCAGAGCACUUUACAACUUCCAGAGUGAAAACAAAGAAGAGAUCAGUAUCCAGGAGAAUGAGGAGCUGGUGAUCUUCAGUGAAAACUCCCUGGACGGGUGGCUGCAGGGCAAGAACAGCCGAGGAGAAACUGGCAUCUUCCCUGCCUCUUACGUCAAGAUCCUCAGGUCCCGAUCGAGCUCUGGUUAUACAGACUAUUCAAACAGUCCAGCCAGCUCCCCUGGGAAUGAGUCCUUCUACAUGCCCCCUACCAACACCAAUACCUCCCACCAGGGCAGCUUUGAGGAUGAUGAUGAUGAUGACUGGGACGACUGGGAUGAUGGCUGCACAGUGGUAGAAGAGCCACGAGGGAGCCCUGGCACCAAUGGGCACCCCUCCCCUAACCUGCAGUACCCUGCAGCAUACCCCAACCAGAAUGCUGGCUAUCGUCCCAAGCCAGCCUUGGAGAGGCAGGACAGCAUCAGUUCCUCCAAGAGGGGCAGCGUGGUGGGGCGGAACCUCAACCGCUUCUCCUGUUUCGUCCGCUCUGGGGUGGAGGCCUUUAUCCUGGGAGAUGUGCCCAUGAUGUCCAAGAUCGCUGAGACCUACUCCAUUGAGAUGGGUCCCAAGGGCCCCCAGUGGAGGGCCAACCCGCACCCUUUCAUCUGCUCUGUGGAGGAGCCCACCAAGCAAACAAAAUUCAAGGGCAUCAAGAGCUACAUCUCCUACAAGCUGACCCCUAGCGGCAUCAAUGCACCUGUCUAUCGGCGGUAUAAGCACUUCGACUGGCUGUACAAUCGCCUACUGAACAAGUUCACAGUGAUCUCGGUUCCCCACCUGCCCGAGAAGCAGGCCACUGGGCGCUUCGAGGAGGACUUCAUCGAGAAGCGCAAGCGGAGGCUGAUCUUGUGGAUGGACCACAUGACCAGCCACCCUGUGCUGUCCCAGUAUGAGGGCUUCCAGCACUUCCUCACUUGCCGCGAUGACAAACAGUGGAAGAUGGGCAAGCGGCGGGCAGAGAAGGAUGAGAUGGUGGGGGCCAGCUUCCUGCUGACCUUCCAGAUCCCCACAGAGCACCAGGAUCUGCAGGACGUGGAAGACCGGGUGGAUUCGUUCAAGGCUUUCAGCAAGAAGAUGGAUGACAGCGUUUUGCAACUGACCAACGUGGCCUCGGAGCUGGUGCGCAAGCACGUGGGGGGGUUCCGGAAGGAGUUCCAGAAGCUGGGGAACGCUUUCCAAGCCAUCAGCUACUCCUUCCAGAUGGACCCGCCCUACAGUUCGGACGUGCUCAACAAUGCCAUCUCGCACACAGGCAAGACGUAUGAGACUGUUGGGGAGAUGUUUGCUGAGCAGCCCAAGAAUGACCUUUUCCUCAUGCUGGACACUCUCUCCUUGUACCAAGGGCUCCUCUCCAACUUCCCAGACAUCAUUCACCUUCAGAAAGGAGCCUUUGCCAAGGUGAAGGAGAGCCAGCGGAUGAGUGACGAGGGGAAGAUGGAUCAGGAGGAGGCAGAUGGGAUUCGGAAACGCUGCCGAGUGGUUGGCUUUUCCCUCCAGGCAGAGAUGAACCACUUCCAUGAGCGGCGCAUAGCAGACUUUAAGAAAAUGAUGCAGUCCUACCUGAAACAACAGAUCAUCUUCUACCAGAGAGUCAGCCAGCAGCUGGAAAAGACUUUACGCAUGUAUGACAAUCUCUAAUGCCUUCCACACCUGAUGCAUCUGCUUUCCACUUUCCAUCUGGACUCACGUGGUUCGCUCCUUGGAGCCCUGCAGACCUUCCUGUUUUAAGUGGACUGAAAACAAAUGGAAACUCAUGACGCUAGUGACCAAAUUCCAUUUGGCUUUUCCCGAUUUUCCUGGAACUAAUUUGCAGAGAUAUGCAGGAAAUUGUUACACUCGUGUCUUCUGGCUGACCAUUCCACUUCUUUUUCUGAUAGAUGGACCCCCCACUCCCUUUCCAUCUCCCAGAGUUUACAGGCAGGAUAUAGGUACUUUUCACAAGCGAAAUGGACACUGACUCUAUGAUGCUCAUUUUCUUUGCAAUAAGCUUUAGCUUCUGGAAACAUGUUUUCAUAGAGUAGGGAGGUUAAUACACUACAUCCGAAGUAGAGUUGGUCAAAAGUUUACACACAGAAAGUUUUUUGAUGGGGAAAAAAAAGGCCUUUAUUCAAAACUGGAACUUUUUUUUAAAAUUGUCAUAAUUUUCCAUUUUUCACAAAAGUUUCUGUGAGAUUUUUUACCAAUAAUUUUUUACUAGGAACCAGUAUGGAAAUUGGGACUGAAAUCUUUAUUGACUAUGUCUGUUUACCAAAAACGUUCCAUAGUGCUUUCAAUAAAAGGUUGAAUAAACAAACAUCAGCAAAACUUUUGUGGAAAAUGGGCCCAUUUCAACCUCCUUGAAAUGGAACCAGUUAUGAAAUUUCCUGCACAACUGUUUUUCCAGCUUUUUGACCAGCAUUAGCAACAAAGUAGUUGGCAUUGGAGUGCUAAUGUUCAGACUGACUCCUGGAAAUUCCACAUGAGCUGUAGCUUGGUUGCCCUACAGUCAUUUUCAACCUUAGGAGUGUAAUAACCCUGGACUGACCUGCUCUCAGAAUAAGAAAGCAACAUAGCAAAUGUCCCAGGAAAGAUCAUUCUGCCUCCAGAACGAGGAAGGUUAUGGAGCCAUCUCAGUGUUGUUUCUACAUGGCUCAGUCCCAAGAGAGAACAGGUGAAUGUUGGGGUAGGACUGUGCAUAUGGUACAAAAUAAUGUCCCCUUCCCAAUCCUGUCACUACAGUUUCCCACUCCAGAAUCUACUUGGACUGAGACUCAUCUCACACAGGCUUUACUCUGACAUGCCUUCAAUGGAGUCACCCCUGGUUUACACUGGGGAGGGCAGAAUCAGGCCCACUAUCUCUACAUUGCUGCAUUUUAUGUUAUUGAGUCAGGUUUAAAGCACCAAAAGCAAAGAAUUCUUUAUCGGUCUUGGUAAGAGAGUCUGGGCCAAAUUCUGCCCUUGGUUGCACCAGCAUAUAUUUGGAGUAAUUUAAUUGUAGUCACUGGAUUUAAACUGAUGUAACCGAGAGCUGAAUUUAGACCUGUGUCCCCAUUAUCUUCUGCUCCCACACCUCCUCUGAGCCCUUCAUCCCCAGCUGCAGUUGCCUUCCCAGCCAUUCAUGCAAGGAUGAAGCUUCCCAAAGUCAGAUUGGCCAUGACACCAUCCUCCCUGCCUGUUUCUUACCUCUUCUCCAGCACUACGGUCUGGGACAUACCCUUAGGGCAUCAAGAGGGCUCCACAAGUCCCUCUUGGUUUUAUGAAACACAUCAAUCCCUGGUGACUCAAGAUGCCUUAGCUUUCCUUUCCCCAGGGGAACUUUGCAGCUCUUUUCCAGAGAUGCCAGCAGGUGAUGGCCACUUCCCCCCAGCACUGGGCUGUGACACUCCUGCCAGAAGACGAGUCCUGCUGGCCUCACACUUGCAACAGGCCUCAUUCCCACUUAAGAGCAGCAACACUAACCCUGUUAGAUGAGUGCUGGAAGCUGAGGUGCUCAAAUGUUUUGGUGCCAAGGGCCACGCUGGGGACUUGCCUGGAGCCCUAGGCCUGCAUCUCAUCUCAUUUUCCACAUGCUUCCUUUGUAUCGACAAUAAAUGCAAACAACCGUUACGUUUGCCUGCACUGAUAUUUUCCCUGAGCGAGGGAUACGAGUAGCUCAGGGACUAGGUUCACCAGUGCUUGGCCUGGAGCAUCGAGAGCGUGUGUAGACUCCAUGAGGCCUGAUAGCUCUGAGGCUGCAGUUUCUAGGUCCCCCUGGAUUCAGUUGAUGCUGGAGAGCUUAGUCUGUACAGGCCUCACUAAAGGCUUCAUUUGCAGAGGUGCUGAGUGUCUGCAGCUCUCACUGAUUUCAGAUGGAGCUCCAGCUGCCUAGCUCUUUGGGCAAUCAGGCCUUGAGACCAUAUGCAUUUUGCUGUGAAGCCAUUUUCCCAUGUAGCAGAGCACAGGGGUACAAGCACCUCAUCUCCCAGUCAGCGGGGUCCACUUUAUAAGGCACCAAGAGUGUCAAAACCACUCUCUGUGGAGAAGCUGCUACAGUGAUGCCAGCUUCCACCUUCCCUCCCUACAUUCAUUGUGGCAAUAUAGACCCCACAAGGAGAUGCAGAGCAGAAUCAGCCUGUUCUCUGUCACCUUCCUGGAAAGCCACAUCUAUCCAUGGCCAAAGAGGUGGUGCAGUUUGGCUCUGAACAGUGGCGACAUUUGCAGCUGAGGAGCUUCCACUAGCAGCUGUCACAGGUUUUCCCCCUCCCCCACUUCUUACAAUUUUUUUCCCUCUGAGUUUCCCUUGUCUUUGAAAUACCCUGGUUGGGGGCGGAAUUAUCCUUUUGCUGGAGGGGCGGAGCAUCGGUGUGGAGCUAACCUUUUGCUGGUGGGGCGGAGCUUGCGGCCAAACAGAAGGAAAGGGGAACUUCAGGCCAGCAAAGAAAUGUCCCAUGGUGGGGCAGGGGAUAGUUUUUAAUUUUCUUGUCUGAGCAGCAGAAUUCCGGGAAGCAGGGGCUAUGAGUAUAGCUCUAGGUACCUAUUACUUCCAGGGAGAAUCCAUGUACCAUGCGCCACUCCAGAACAGUGUGUGGCUUAGGAGGAGACAGGAGAGAGCAGUUACCAUGAUGGUGCACUGGGAGGCAGACAGGCCUGGCACGAGGCCCUUGUUUUUAAAGGGAAAUGUCAAGAAUUAAUUGCAGCAACGAAGGAAAGUUGGGCCUGCUUGGAGUUAUCCCUGAGUUAAAAAUAGCACUCGGGUCAUGUGGUCCAGCAGCGUAUUGCUAAAACAAUAACAUCCCUGGGAAUCCAGAGGGGCUGCAUCUGGUCCCCAUUUGGACUGAGUUCUGCUGGUUCAUGUUUUUGCAUCCUCUUGACAGUUAGGAUUGAUCCGUAAUUUUCAAUAAAAAUGAACGUCUUG